AUGAAUCUGCCGCCCUGCCGCAACCGCGGGGCUCAAGCUUUAAAGGAGGGGGGGGGCAUCGCACCGCGCAGGCUUCGUGCAUCCCCGACCUGCCCCUCGCUAUCGCGCAGUGGGCGGGGCAGGCGACCUUCGCGUGGCUCGCCUCCUGCCCUCGCUGCCCCGACGCCGAGUGCGGCACCGUGGUGUGCUCAGAGAUGCACUGUGCAGCCGUCCCACCGUGCCCUGCAUGCCCAGCGAGUCGGUGUGUUCAGAAGGGCCGCCCGUUCUCUUGCCAGUCUGGAGUUGGCUGAGCCUUCCCUUCCUCAUCCUGGUGAGCGGCACCGUGGGAACAGUCGUGACCGCCUGCAGCCUGGGAGGGACCUAGGCGCUCUGGUUUGCGUGUCGUCGGUGUGCCCCUCGCAGCUCAGAUGGCGGCGGCAGUACUGGCUCCCGUUCUCAGGCCCUGGCUGUGGUUCCGCUACCAGGGGGAGGACCCGUGGGAGGACCCGUGCCACCAGCGUCGCGUCGUCGGGGUGCUGGCCUCGUCGGCGACGCAAGCGACUGACCCCGACGAGGUCAUCGGAGUCUCGCCCGACAGAAACCCCGAGCAGAUCGAUCUCUCGGGAGCCUCGCGCGACAUCGAGGCGUGGCGUUGGUCUGAUGCCUGACGUUCACCACCUCCUGGAGUCCCUCGGAAUCGGGUCUACAGGUUCGACAGGGAGCGUGACGCGGUGGCGCUGGCGAGCCUGGUCGCCGCCGCGGUCACGUUUUGCGACGCCACCUGCACCGCGCGCGAGCAGGCGGGUGGGCAGCCGGGGGUGGUGCCCGCCUCGGGCAGCCUGGUCCACUCGGUCUGGCCCGCCCCAGUUGCUGGAGCUGCUGCAGCGGCCGCCGUCCUGGCGCCACCCGCCGCCGCGCUGGCCCUCCCAGGUCCCGGGGCCCUCGCCGGCGGCGGCACCCCCGGCCCUGCCGCCCGUGGCGGACGCGGCCGCCCCGCUCGCCCUCGGGGCGGCGGGCCCCGUCGGGCUGGUUGCCGCCGUGGCGCCCGCCCCCUUGGCCGCGAGCCAUGGCGUUCUGGCGGCUGCGCCCGUGGCGGCGCCGGCAGCGGCUCCGGCCCCGGGGGCUCCCCUGGCCGCGCCGCUGGUUGCCGCUCCCGCCCCUGUGCCGUACCUCGUGCUGGUCUCGGUCGAGACGACGGCCUACGGGUUUCGAGGAUCGCUCAUCACGGCGAACGGUUCCGAGGUCAUAAAGGGCGACAUCGGCACGCACACGGACCCGCGGCACGGCGCCCUCCUCGCGCGCCGCCUCCGCUCGGACUUCGUGCAGUUCAGAGGGCUCGAGGCCGCAGGUGAUGCUUGUCUUCUGGCCGUGAUCUCUCUGAACAGGGUACGCUGGAGACGUCUUUGGCGUGAUGUCGAGGCGUCCGUGACGGAGAUCCCUUUCCCCGACUGGGGGAUCGAUGGGGCCCUGCACCACGUUGUGGCGCUGCCGCUGGAUCGAUGA